UCCAUUGUCGAGAACCAGAUAUCAUACCACUGUACCGAAUCCAAUUCAAGAAAAAGACGAACAAGAUUUUGUGAAGGAAAAAUAUAGAAAUCAGAAAAAUUCAUAAAUUCCAGUGAAAAAUACAAACAAAAUACAAGAAAUGAACGCACAUUAAUCGGUUUACAUUAAAACUAAUCAGUUUCCACAAAAGCACUUCUGUGCGCAACGAACACAAAUUAAUCAUUACCAAAAAAAAAGAAGAGAUUUUUUCUGCAACUUUUUUCAGUUUUGUUUUAGUUUAUUUUUUCCUCAUUUUGCUGCUUUUUCAGUAGCUUGACUAAUUUUCCUCUUACGUGCCAGUGCCAGCCACUUAUACGUAAGCCGUCGGCAGAGAAGUGAACGUGCGGAGGUAAAGGCGAAAUGAAUUGAGUGACAUCGCCGUCGUCUGCAUUUUUAAAAAUUUCUAUUUUUUCCACUUGCAGUUUUGGCUAUCAGAAGCUGAUUUACAAUAAGAAAAUACAUUGUGAUUUUAUGCUGUAGUGUCAAUUCGUUAGCAACAAAAAGUGUUUUCGAAAAAUAUUAGAAAAAAAACAACAAACAAAAUAAAACAUUUUAACCAUAAAUGUUUAAAGGUGUGUGAGCUUACCGCAAAAGUAUCAAUCUCCCUACCGCUCUGCUCUGUCCCAUUGCCUAUUGCCUUUGCCUUCGUUAUUGUUGUUGUGUCGCUGUCGCUGUAGCUGUAGCUGUCGUCGCGUCACUUCUUCAUAUCUUCGAAAAAAAUUUACUAUCAAUUCGUCGUGUCAAAAAAUUUCGAUUUGAUUUUAUUUUAUCAGACAAAAUAUAAAAACGAGAAAUUUCCAAAUUUGGUGCUUACGACUAACGAGACGAGGAUUAGUGUUGUGUCUUUUUAAAGAUCUUCUUAAGGUUUACUCGUUUUUAACUUAAGACGGAGGUUCUAAGUGCGGCCAAAAAAAUCAUGCCACUCUUUGGUAAAUCGCAAAAAAGUCCUGCGGAAUUGGUGAAGGCUCUCAAAGAAGCUGUCAAUUCACUGGAACGUGGUGACAAGAAAGCCGAAAAGGCACAAGAAGAUGUCAGCAAGAAUUUGGUGUUAAUCAAAAACAUGUUAUAUGGCACAUCAGAUGCAGAACCCCAGACAGAGUAUGUCGUAGCGCAAUUAUCACAGGAACUUUAUAAUAGUAAUUUACUGCUGUUACUAAUACAGAACCUAAAUCGGAUUGAUUUCGAGGGUAAAAAAGAUGUAGCUCAGGUAUUUAAUAAUGUCCUGCGACGUCAAAUUGGCACACGAUCACCAACAGUUGAGUACAUUUGCACGAAACCGGAAAUUCUAUUCACACUCAUGGCUGGCUAUGAACAUCAAGAAAUUGCCCUAAAUUGUGGAACAAUGUUGAGGGAAUGCGCUCGUUAUGAGGCACUUGCCAAAAUCAUGUUGCACUCUGAUGAGUUCUUCAAUUUCUUUCGUUAUGUGGAAGUAUCAACGUUCGAUAUAGCGUCAGAUGCCUUUUCAACAUUUAAGGAACUGCUUACACGUCACAAAAUGUUGUGCGCCGAAUUCCUUGAAGCGAACUACGACAGGGUUUUUACACAUUACCAACGAUUAUUAAAUUCAGAAAACUAUGUUACGAGGAGGCAGAGCCUAAAACUGCUAGGAGAAUUGUUGCUAGACAGACAUAACUUCACUGUAAUGACAAAAUAUAUAUCCAAUCCGGAUAAUCUGAAACUUAUGAUGAAUAUGCUGAAAGAGAAAUCAAGAAAUAUUCAAUUUGAAGCCUUCCACGUGUUUAAAGUAUUUGUUGCAAAUCCGAAUAAACCCAAACCUAUAUUGGAUAUUCUUUUGAGAAACCAAGCAAAACUUGUCGAUUUCCUUACGAAAUUCCAUACAGACCGAUCGGAAGAUGAGCAAUUCAACGAUGAGAAAGCGUAUCUAAUUAAGCAAAUAAAAGAGCUUAAACCACUUCCUGAACCUUAGUGAUAUAUUCAUAUUAUAUAAUUAUUACAAUAUUAUUAUACUUAAAUUAAAGAAAAGAAAGAAAUAACAAACGCAAAACCACAACAAAAAUAUUGAAAAAAAAAAAUAAAUUCUGAAGAUAAUUUAA